CAAAUUCCCCUUCACAACAAACAAAACCAAGUGCAGUUUUGUUCCGGAGUGUCCCAUGCAAAGAGGAUGGCUUCCUCCGCGGAUGUGCGUGAAAUCAUGGGUUUAGGUCCGGCGGGGGGCACGCCUGAAGGCGGGGGCGGGUCCAUGGUGACCAAAGAGAUGAUUCUAGCCAUGGAUCGUCCCCGCAAAUCGGGCAAGAAAGAGGUGGCGCCCAAACGUCCUGAGGGCAUGGCCCGAGAACUCUAUAACCUCUUGUACAAUGACAGUAAAGACGCCCCGCCCAUUGUGCCCACAGACUCAAAUCGAGGACUAGAUCAAGGCUAUAAGUCGGUCAAGGCCAAAUUGGGCAUGCGAAAGGUGCGCCCAUGGAAGUGGAUGCCCUUCACCAAUCCCGCUCGAAAAGACAGUCUUGUGCUUUACCAUUGGCGACGAGGACAAGACGAGGGCAAGGAAUAUCCAUUCGCCAAGUUCAAUAAGAGACUUGAGAUGCCAACUUAUACGGAUAUGGAGUACAUGAACCAUCUAGAAUCUGAUGGCUGGACCAGAGAGGAAACCGAUCAUCUCUUGGAUCUCUGCCAGAGAUUUGACCUCAGAUUCCCCGUGAUCCACGACAGAUAUGACCGGCAAACCCACAAAAAUCGAAGUAUAGAGGAUCUCAAGGAGCGAUAUUACGGAUUAUGUGAAAAGUUGGAAAUACUUCAUGCGGAUCCAUCCAAAGUGAGCAAACCCUACGUUUACGAUGGAGAGCACGAAAGGAAACGCAAACGACAACUCGAGAAACUGUACAAUCGAACUCCGGAAGAGGUGGAGGAGGAAGAGAUGCUAAAGAAUGAGCUGAGAAAGAUCGAGGCCAAGAAGAGAGAGCGGGAGAAAAAGACACAGGAUCUCCAGAAACUGAUUGCUCAGGCCGACUCCACAAGUACCAUUAAAACUGACAAAAAGACCCAAAGUUCACCCUCCACUCCUUCAAAUAAGAAGAAAUCGUCGUCCUCCCAGAACAAGAAUGCAGGUGGUUCCAAGGACAUCAAUUCAAUGGAAGCGGCUGGUAUCAAAUUCCCUGAUCAAAAGAGUAACCCAGGAGUUGCCCUGAGGUCCCAAAGGAUGAAGUUGCCUCCCAGUGUAGGUCAAAAGAAGAGCAAGGCCAUUGAACAGCUCCUCCAGGAAUUGAAAGUCGAGCUGCAACCCAUGCCAACAGAGGAGAUCUGUUCAGAGUUCAAUGAGCUUCGAAGUGACUUGGUACUCUUGUAUGAGCUCAAGAACGCCCUGGCCACCUGUGAGGUCGAGCUGCAGACCUGCAAGAUGCAGUACGAAAGUCUGUGUCCAGGAAAGACUCUGGAGAUCCCGGACAAACUCAAACCCAACCCAACCUUGGCGUUGAUCAAGGGAGAGAAGCCAAGAAGUAUUUCGGAUGUCAUCGACGUAGUUGGGGCAGGGGCCACGCCUCCCAUGAGGAAAAGAAAGGCUGCCCUAGAGCAGAGCAAUGUACUCAAGAAGAUCAAGAACAAAAACUACUGAAACCAGUGUGCGUUACUUUGGAACAAUAUACAAAUGUUUGAUGGAUGAA